AUGGCGCCCUCGAACUACUCAUACAAAUACUUUAAUGUUACUUUUCCGCAAGAACACGUCGCCCAUGUCGAGAUCAACCGGCCUGAGAAGCUGAACGCUUUCGUCGAGGAAAUGUGGCUCAACCUUGGCCAAAUCUUCAACAAACUCUCCCACGAUCCGGAUGUUCGCUGUGUAGUGUUGAGCGGCGCUGGUGAUCGCGCCUUUACGGCUGGCCUAGAUGUGCAGGCGGCAUCACAAGGCUCCAUCUUGGGAGCAUCAGGGACGAAACUCGACGUAGCGCGGACGGCGACGGGCAUCCGACGCCACAUCUUCGAGUUCCAGUCCUGCAUAACUGCCAUCGAAAAAUGCGAGAAGCCCGUCAUAUCCAUCCUCCACGGCUACACUUACGGCCUCGGCCUCGACAUCGCCAGUUCGACCGACAUCCGCCUCUCGACCACCAUGACCCUCUUCUCCGUGAAAGAAGUCGACAUCGGGCUCGCCGCGGACAUCGGCACUCUCUCCCGGCUCCCCAAAUGCGUCGGCAACCAAUCCUGGGUGAAGGACAUCUGCCUCACCGCGCGGCAGUUCAGCAGCGAGGAGGCGCUGCGCUUUGGGCUCGUGAGCGGCGUGUUUGGGGACAAGGCGGAGGCGCUGAGGGAGGGGUUUAGGAUCGCGGGGGUGGUGGCGGGGAAGAGUCCCGUUGCGGUGCAGGGGACGAAGAGCAUUGUGAAUUACUCGAGGGAUCAUAGUGUGGAAGAGGGGCUAAACUACACGGCCAUUUGGAACGCCGCGAUGGUGCAGACGGAGGACGUGAAGGCUGCUAUGUUGGCUGGGCUGCAGAAGGAUAAGAAGAAGCCGACGUUUUCCAAGUUGUGA